GAAAGCUCCGUCGGGUAGCUCCAUUUGAAGAACCCUAAAAUCCGGGGUUUAAGCGAGAGAGAUAUUAUGGCGCAAUGCGGCUUCCUCUUCGAGGCGUGCGUGGAUUCGCUGUUCUCUGCGAUUCAAGCCGAGAAAGGUGGAGCUGGACGAUUGGAGCUUUGCGCUGCUCUAUCGCAAGGGGGAAUUACUCCCAGCUAUGGAAUGAUCAAAGCUGUUCUCGAUCGUGUUCGCAUUCCUGUCCAUGUCUUGAUACGACCUCGAGCUGGGGAUUUUUGCUACACUGAGGAUGAAAUAGACGUGAUCUGCGAAGACAUUCAUAUGGCUGGAAACUUGAAAGUUCAUGGCAUUGCUUUCGGUGCGCUCACUCCCGAUGGUGAUAUUGAUUUGCAAGUGAUGACGCGGAUCAUCAGCCUUUGCAAAAGAUACGAACUCUCCAUGACAUUUCACCGUGCGUUUGAUGCGACGAGAAACGCUGAGAAGUCUCUCCAGACAUUGCUGGAGCUCGGUGUGCCGAGAGUUCUUACAUCCGGACAAAGAGAAACCGUGACGGAAGGAUUGCCUCUAUUGAAAGUGCUCGUAGAAAAUUCCAUGCAGCGGAUUUCUAUCAUGCCUGGAGGAGGUAUCACCGAAGACAAUGCAGCACGCAUCGUCAGCGCACUUGACGUCGCUGAGCUCCACGGUUCUGCUCGUUCUGCUUCUGACUUUGGCCAGAGUUUUGUAAACGAAACAAUCACACUCGCAAUGCUUGGGACCGCCCCUCUCAUGGUAACAGACUGUGAGAAAGUGACAGCCAUUGUUCAGGCAUGUAAAGAAGCAAGGCACAUACCUCCCGCCUAAGAAAGAUACAGGAAUGAUCUUCACACUGAAGGAAGGGGCACGUAGUAACGCGAGUGAUAUGGUUUUAGUUUUAGUGCAUAAUCAAUUAUCUGCGUGUGCCUCUGAUACAGGAACGUAUUCAAUCAAAUAUUGUUCUUUA